GCAACUACGACGCACCGGUGGAGCAGCGGACGUACUGCCAUGGAACAUCCGCGGGGUGACAUGGGGCCCCUGACGUCACACGCUGGUUCUGUUUAGAGGCCAAUGCCGCAGGCAGUGACGCUGGAUGUCCCUGCAGAGUUGAUCAAGGAUCCAAGGUCUUGGACCGUGGAAGACAUCAGCAUUUGGCUGCAAUGGCUGGGAAUAGGGGAGCACGUGGAGUCCUUUGCCGCGCGGGGCGUCGAUGGUGAGCUGCUGCUGCAACUCAGCGCGGACGCCAAUUGGGCGGAGCUGGGCGUUCACGACGUGGCACAACAGCGGGUGCUGGACAGUGCAGUGGAGCCCUUGAGGUGUUUCCACCAUGGUGCCCUGGAUGCCACCCUGGCAUUGCACGCCAUUGAGGGUCCCGUGGCCGGGCAGAUCUUCUUCGUCGGUGCUGGAGUCACAGGUGGCCGGCACAACGCGUCCAAUAACAUCGUUCUCUCAGAGAACUAUGUGUCGCGACGACACUUCCAGAUCCUACGAGAUCGUGUGGGGCAGUAUUUGCUCCAAGACGUUGGGAGCACCACAGGGACGUUUCUGAUGAUCCGAGAGGAGCUGCCUUUGGAAGAUCAAAUGAUCAUCCAGCUGGGCACCACGGAGAUCACCGCCCACAUCGAUGGCACUCGAUGCACUCUGCUGGUCACCGAGGGUCCAGAUAAGGACAUCAGUGUGACGGUCCCGCCGGUGGGCGUUUUCAUCGGACGGGAGGGGGGAAAUGGGCUUUGCAUCCGAGAUCCCCAGAUCUCGUCCUUCCACUGCGAGGUCCGACCCUCAAGAGAAGGCUUCCUGCUGGAUGAUAAGUACUCGACCAAUCGCACUUGGCUACGCCUGGCGCCGGAUGGUCAGCCGUCCAAGCGCUACUUGCUGCGAAUCGGCGACCUGUUCAAGGUGGGCUCCACCCUCUUCCACGUGGUCGAGCCAGCCUCUGCAGAGCCUGAGGAGGACGGCGUCGCGCUGGGCGUCGAGGAGCACCGCUUGGAGCACACGCACUUCCCAGCCUCGCCGCGCUCGGACUCGGAGCUCAGUGAUCCUGAUGCGCCGGAACUGCACGUCGCACACGCGGCCGCGCCGGAACUGCUCGCGCCCGGCUUAGCGUCGCACUUGCGAUGGGAGCCUUUUCUGGACACCGAUGCCAGGCCCAUGCUGCCGCCCGACGAGUAUGCACGAAGGCUGACCGAGGCAAGACGGAUCAUGGUGGAAGGCUCGGCACGAAGGGCUGCGGGCACGGCCAACGAGCUGCAUGGGAGCCAGGAUGCGCGAAUCUUUGAGGAACGCGAGUUGUCCUCGCUGCAGCAGCGCAUGCGGAAUUCCCGAGCCCAAACCGCCUACACCUUGCAGCAGAAGCGAGGUGAACGUCGGGAUGAGGACCUCUGCAAGAUUUGCUAUGACAAUGACAUUGAUGUGGUGCUCUACCCCUGUGGUCACUUCAUGCUUUGCCGCUGGUGCGCCCAGAUGGUGUCGGAUUGCCCGGUGUGCCGCUUGGUGAUCACCGACGUGAUCCGGACCUACAAGGCGUAACGCGCCGUUCGCGAGUGCUGGGCCGUGCCACAGCGGAA